AUGGGUGCCAUCCGAAAUAGUCAGGAGAUUAUCAGAGUCAUAGGCGAAGGGCCGAUUCGGGAGUUUAUUGUCUUGAUGCCUGAGGGCAGUGGCGAGAAUGGGGGCAAGACGACAGCGGCAACGACUCCGACCGAAGCUGGCUCGCCGUAUGGAACAGGGAGUGAUUCUGUCGAAGACCCCAAGGACGGCCGAAAGGCUAUUCCCCAGAUUUCGGUAGUGGAACUAAAAGAUGCCCUGAAACAGAAAGGGCCGACUCUUCGAGAACGCAUCUUCGGCAACCACAUUCAACCACGUCACUCUAUGAAGGAAACUAAGAAGAGCCCCGACAAAAACAAAGCCCAGAAGGCUCAUCAGCCAUGCCGUACCUCCCAGCCGGAGCCUAUCGCUCGAGACGGCCAUUUCGACGAGGAUUUAGAGGCCCAGACGGGCUCCGACACCCGCGAAGUUCUCAAAGAAUCGAAUUCCAAGGCAACUCAGGAAGAGAGCCUAUCGGUAGUCACUAUUCGAAACACGAACGCCGAUGCACCAAACCUCACCCUCAAUGUUCAUAAUUAA